GAACGGAACAGUCCGCGAGAUUUUGGUGCUGCUAUUCGUCGUUUCGAUCUUGCCAUCAGCGGACCCCGCGAGCCUCGUAAAAAAAGUGUUUCUCUCUUCUUUUUUGCGUUUGCGUUUUUCUCGGAGUGUCUCUUGCUGCGUGUGUGGUGACGAAGAGAACUGUCAAAAAAGUUUCGUGCGUCGUGCGUGUUGGAAGUUUGAAGAUUGUGUGACGUUUUCUUGGGAAAGGGUUUUUUUUUUGUGUUGAUUCGGGUUUUGGGGAAAAAGUGGCCAAUCCGGUUGUUCUGAAUCCGGGCAGACUGAAGACGUGUCGUGGUCAAGCGACGAGAAUUGCGCGAACUGAGAUUUGAGGGGUUUCCUUCAGCAGGAGGGGGGAAAGGAGUGUGAGCAAGGGUUUUGUGGAUUGUUGUGACGCAGAUUCCCGAGCGGAGACCUCCCCCGGAGGGUAGAACCUGGUCUUCGCGCGAGACCCCUCUGCGUGUGGGACGUCAGCGUCGAGAACGUCUCGAAGGAACGCGGAUUGUUGUUGUGGCGGUGGAACGGAGGGGGUCCAUGUUGGCAGGAGGUCGUGCCAGCGACGUCGACGGCGAAAGGGACCUCCACAGGAGGAAGUGAGUGGAGUUGACACACGCCAGCCAGUGCAGAGAGUAGUGUGGGCUUUUUGGAGCGUUGUUCCAGGAUUGCUGUUCCAGUAGACGGGGUUGUUCAUUGAUUGUGUCGUGUCCAGUUCCAGUCAAGCGGCCGGACAAGGCGAACAAGUACAAGAAGAAGAAGAAUAAGAAGCCAAAGACCAAGAAGCAAACAAGAAAAAGUCGCGAAAUUGAUAGCAGAACCAGAGAGAGGGUGAUAAUAGAAGAAAACAAGAGCCUUGGGGAGCAACAGCAGAAGGAAGAGGAGGAGGACAGUGAAACCUGGCAUGUAUGAUAAUGUGGUGAUAUAAGACACACAGACACAAACACACGCGGACAAGCCAGCAGCAGCAGCAGCAGUUGACGAAGAUUCUGGGACCGCUGAUAACAGCCAGCCAGCUCUAGCUCUAGUUCGAAACAGAAGAAAAGAUGGCAGAAUUUGACUGAAUAACAAUAAUUUUAUUUUUAAGGUGAGGAAUGACAGCUUUUCAUGGGGUCAUCCAAUUGCCCAAAACAUUCUAUGAGCCGGCUACCACGUGCAGCAAGACUUUGUGAGUUUUCCCGGCGAAGCAAAAAAAUAAAAUAAACGACGAAGUUGCAAUUGUUUUGUGUUGGUGUUGUUCCUGCCCGUGGCAGAGUGGAAAUCCGGACUCCGGGCCGGAAAAAGUGACCGUGUUAUUGCUGGCGGCAGUUGAGGAAACUUUGUCGUUUGUCCGGGAAGGAAAAUAAUAAAAAAGGCAGCAAUUCUGGGAAUAGAAAGACCGGAAGUGGUCAACAAAUCACACAGCUCAAAUAAAAAACAAGUCAUUCGUGACUGCGUGGUAGUGUGGCGUCUGUUGGUGUGUGUGUGUGUGGGUGAGCAUGUCUGCGAGGGGCUGUGAGUGGAUGUUCCGGUAGUGUUUAAGUGAAGAGUAAGGAAGAUUGAAGAAAGUGCUAUUUUCUACCACAGCAGAAAGAGGAAGUGCGACAAACCAAAGGAUUGUCGUUUAUUUUUUCUUGCCGUAGUUGGUUUCGUGACGUGUGUGAUCCGUGUUCUAGCGGAGACACGAACCCAGCCAACCGAGAGCAACCGUACUUAGCAGGCAGGAAGGAGUUAAGCCAGUAAAACUGGAGCACCUAAAUUAGCACCGUUGAUUAGCGCACUCGGAGGCAGCAACAGAAGCAGCAGCAAAAAGCACCAAGGAUGGGCAGGAAAAAGAUUCAGAUCUCACGGAUAACGGACGAACGGAACCGACAGGUGACGUUCAACAAGCGCAAGUUCGGCGUCAUGAAGAAGGCGUACGAGCUGUCGGUGCUGUGCGACUGCGAAAUCGCCUUAAUCAUCUUCAGCAGCAGUAACAAGCUGUACCAGUACGCCAGCACGGACAUGGACAAGGUGCUGCUCAAGUACACCGAGUACAACGAGCCGCACGAGUCGCUCACGAACAAGAACAUCAUCGAGUUGCAGGUAAACGCGCAGAAGGAGAACAAAAACGGCACGAUGUCGCCGGACUCGCCGGAACCGGAGGACAGCUACACCCUGACGCCCCGCACCGAGGCCAAGUACAACAAGAUCGACGAGGACUUUCAAAUCAUGAUGCAGCGAAAUCAGCAACUGUCGGCGGCGGCGGCGGCCGCUGGAGGUGGUGGAGGAGGUGGAGGCGGAGGUCGAGGAGGUGGGGGAGUCGGAAUGUCCGGCAACAGUUACUCGCUGCCGGUGUCGGUGCCGGUCAUUGGGACGUACAACGAUUCCAGCAUGCUGCAGAGCAGUCCACAGAUGGCACACAAUAGUAUUAGCCCGCGGCCGUCCAGCUCAGAAACGGACUCAGUGUAUCCCUCCGGCGGUCUGCUGGAAAUGUCCAACGGAUACCCCCACUCGGCGUCGCCCCUCGGCGGAUCUCCCAGCCCCGGACCGAGCCCAGGUAUUGGCACGCAUAACCACCAGCAUCAGCACCAGCACCAACAGCAUAACAGUAAUAAUAACAAUAACCAUAACCAUAACAAAAGUAAGCAUGGCCCGCUGCAACAUCAAUCGUUGAAGCAAAACUCACCGGGAAGUUCGAGUGCGAGGUCGUCCAACCUGCGAGUCGUGAUACCGACGCCGAUGAACCCGUCCAUGGGCAACGACGACAUGUCCUACGUGGAGCACUCGCGGCAACAGACGAACCUUAACACGCCGGUGGUGGCCCUCCAGACGCCGAUCCCGGGCCUGUCCAACUACACCACGACGCUGGGCUCGUUCGGGGCGCAGGACUUUUCCAUCAAUUCCGACCUGAGCAUGAUCGCGUCGUGGGGCGCGGCCGCCGCCAACAACGCCCACGCCGCCCAGAACGCCAUGAACUCGCUCGGCCAACACUCGAGAAUCUUUUUCAGUAGCGGUCUGCCCCACCUGGCCGUGUCCAACAGCACCCCGCCUCCCUCAACCUCCCCCCUGUCGUCCGUAAAGAUCAAGGCGGAACCGAUUUCACCCCCGCGGGAACAUCACUCGUCCUCGUCCCACCACCAGCACCAGCACCAGCAGCAACAGCAGCAGCAGCAGCAGCAGCAGCAGCAACACCACCAUCACAGUAAUCUUAGUGGCGGCGGAGGAAGCAAUGGGCAGCAGCAGCACAACAAUCAGCUGACAGUGACGUCGAUGGCGUCCGUGAUCGGAGGAGGAGGCCACAGUAGCAAUUCGUCGAUGGGCAACAGUUUGAACCAUUCGCAUCUGAUACAUUCGCGGCCAUCGUCGACGGGACAUCUCACGCCGACGCCAGGUUCUCCUCUGUUUGCAGGCUCGGUGACACCCACGAACGCGCCCUCCCCGGUCGACAUCAGACACAUAAACGUCGGCGGCGGCGGCGGCGGCAACUCGAGCCACCUGCCCGACUACGACUCGCCGGUUUCCUCGAACGCGCAUAAAAGACCCAGAAUAUCCGAGGGUUGGGCCACAUAGCCCUCAAAGGGCGGCGGC